CACCAAAGUCUUCGACGCGCCAACAUCUUAUACUCUCCUUACGUUACUCAGGCCUUCAAUCCUUGGACAGUCUAGUGGACAGAAUAAUGGGAUUGUUUUGCCAAAUACAAUGGAAGAUGAAGCAGCAGCUUCCACUGCUCUAAACGAGACCGAUGACAAUGGAGCUAAGACAGAGCCGGCUCCGACUGGCCCCAUAGUCGAUGGCAGCGAUGGCCCCAAAGAGACCCCGCCUCGACUACCGCCUCGUCCGAGCCAGGUCGAUUCACUGGAGCGACCUUCGACACCACUCUCGGCGAGACCCAAGCUCCGAGCUCAACCGACUACUGCGUUGUCAUCCAUAGACAUCCAGACACUGUCGUUUCCGGACGGAAGCAGAGGCACAUUCUCAUCGACACAUAACACGGCAUCUCCGUCCGCAGCAGGGACGUCUGUUUUGGAUUAUAGUCACAGAAGGGAUUCGCAAAGCAGGAAUGAGGCAGAUGAUAAUGCGAGCUUGCAAACCUUCACUGGAACAACACAUACUGGAGGAGGAGACCUGGAAAGCCUGCUAGGAGGACCCAACGUGCAAAGUGCAGCAUGGAAGAUGCUGGCUGGUCAAGCAGAGACGGUCAAUCCGUUUGAGACGAUUGGCCACCUGGAAAAUGAGAAACUAGCCGUAUUCGAGCAAGAAUUCGAUGAGAUACAUGACGUCGACAGCGAAAUGGGCAACGAGGAGCAACUGCUGGAACAGUUUAAGUCGAAACUCAAGCAUUACAUGAUAUUUUCAUCGGCAGGAAAGCCCAUAUAUAGCAGACAUGGUGAUGUCAACUUGAUCAAUGGCUAUAUCGGUGUCAUUCAAACGAUUAUAUCAUUCUAUGAAGAGUCAAAGGACCCCCUUCAAUCUUUCACCGCCGGCGACACCAAGUUUGUAGUUUCCGCGCAAGGUCCUCUAUAUUUUGUCGCUAUUAGCAGUCUAGGCGAGAGCGAAGCGCAACUUCGCAUCCAGCUCGACGCUUUAUACAUGCAGAUCCUAUCCACCCUCACCCUCCCACGCCUCACCCAGAUCUUCACAAACCGCCCUUCUACCGACUUGCGCCGACCUCUCGAAGGUACAGAUGUCCUUCUUUCAUCCCUCGCGGAUACAUUCACCAAAGGCUCCGCAUCCACCUUACUAUCCGCUCUAGAGUGUCUCAAAAUCCGCAAAUCCCAACGCCAUGUCAUCAACAACACCCUUCUCAAGACCCGCACUGACAACCUCCUCUACGGUCUCAUAGUCGCCGGUGGCCGCCUAGUCAGUGUCGUGCGUCCAAAACGUCACUCUCUGCAUCCGAGCGACUUACAGCUCAUUUUCAACAUGCUCUUCGAAGCAAAGAGCAUCCGCUCUGGCGGCGGCGAGAACUGGAUCCCCCUCUGCCUCCCGGGCUUCAACAACACCGGCUACGUUUACAUGUAUGUCUCCCUCCUCGACGCUGACGAAGACGACACCACCCCGGAAAGCACCAGCAGCCGCGAUGACGCCAUCGCCGUCCUCCUCAUCAGCACCGACAAAGAGAGUUUCUAUGAGCUCAAACAAAUGCGCGAUGCUGUCGUCGCACAGCUCCAGAAAAACGGCAGUCUAGAUAUUAUCAAGAACGCCGUUCGCGCCGGCCGCCCUAGCACCACCGAUAUCGUGCCGGGGACCCAGCUACGGCAUUUCCUCUACAAGAGCCGCGCGAACGUGCAGUUCACCACCAGUAGCUACGCGCCCCACUUCAACAGCCUGAUCUCGCAUCGCCGCCUCCUCUCCAUCUACCAAACCCUCCACUCCUCCUCGCACGCCCGCAUAUCACACACCAAAGUCCUGCACUGCGUCUCCAAGACCUCCAUCGCGCUCGCCUGGGCCACCCCCGUCUUCGAGUUCUACUGUGUAGCGGGCCCGAAUUGUGCUAGGGGCGCGUUGUUGCAGGGGGCUAGUCGGGUGGUGCAAUGGGUUAGGAGGGAGGAGGAGAGGUUGUUUAUUAUUGGUGGUGCGGUAUUUUGAUUGCCCUG